AUGUGGGAGACUUUCACCGUCGCGGGAGUGAGCGUCCUAAUGGGUAACGACACACCUCCCAACUGCACCCAGUUGGGAGAACGGUGUACCAUCGGGAUGGCGGUGGACCGCGUUGAUAGACACCGUACUGAACAUCGUUACACCCCCAGGAUCCUACUUGCAUUGCGUUUCCGCAGUCCCAUCAUCCCGAUCCCCAUAGCGCCAGCCGAGCGCCUGUACUCCCGGCUGGCGCUGUGGACACUGGCCAGGCAAAGAGGUGCUUGCCCCGAUAGUUGUGCACAAAUGUACCUCGAAGAUGCGACUCAAGCGGAGAUAGACGAUACUAAAAUAUUAUAG